AUGAGUUUUCUUAAAGGCAUCAAGAAUACUGUAGCGUCAGCAGCUGAUCAGAUCGGUGACGUUUUGGAACAAGCAGAGCAUAAAGCGGAAGAAAGUGCCAAAUGGGUGGCGGACAGUGCCAAAGGUGCCUAUGAUGUCACCGCAGAGAAAACCGCUGAGGCUGCACACGUUGUUGGCGAGAAGACGACCGAUACAGCACACAGCAUCGGUGGCGUUCUGUCUGGCACAAAAGAGGUCGCCGGUGAUGCGGUGGAAUCGGCAAAAGAUCAACCGCCCACGCUGCUAAGGCCGUUGGUGAUUUCCUAUUCGGUACAAAAAAGGACGCCGAGCAUGCAGCCGAUCAAGUAG